GUAUUCAAUCUUCGAAAUCAGGUAUUUUGGUUUGGAAGUGGCGAAAUCAAUAGAUUCGGCUUCGUCCUUCAUCGCAAUCUCUCGAAAUAGAUUUUUCUUCUAUAUGUAAAUCCGUUUGUUUAAAUCCAUUUCCAGGAGCCUUUGAUGAUACACAAAGCUAUGUCAAGUUAUUAUAAUCCAUCAGCAACAGCUUUAGUCUCUAUUGAUUCUGAUGAACAAAGAAGAAUCAAAUAUUUAGCAGAUUUGAACAUGAUUGCAACACAGAGACAUUCUUCUACAGAUGGUCCUAUGGCCAUUCUCUGGGAUAUGGAGAAUUGCCCUGUUCCUAGCGAUGUCCGUCCUGAAGAUGUAGCUAGUAACAUAAGAAUGGCUAUUCAGUUACAUCCUGUGAUAUCCGGUCCGGUUGUUAACUUCUCGGCUUACGGGGAUUUCAAUGGUUUCCCUCGUCGUGUUCGAGAAGGUUGUCAAAGAACCGGUGUGAGGCUUAUUGAUGUACCAAAUGGUAGGAAAGAUGCAUCUGAUAAAGCGAUUUUGAUUGAUAUGUUCUUGUUUGUACUUGAUAAUAAGCCGCCUGCGACUAUUAUUCUUGUAUCGGGAGAUGUUGAUUUCGCGCCUGCGCUUCAUAUAUUGGGUCAACGUGGGUACACUGUGAUUCUUGUUAUACCUUCUAGUGUGUAUGUGAAUUCAGCUUUGUCUAAUGCUGGUAGGUUUGUUUGGGAUUGGCAUAGUAUUGUUCACGGUGAAGGCUUUGUGCCGCUACGUAAACCUCGUGUUGUGCCAUAUCUUAUGGAGUGUAGUAUUAGUGAUAACAGUAACAUGGAUGGUAUGAAUGAAGAUGAAACAAUUCUCUAUAGAGGUAACUGUUAUGGUUACACAAGAGAGUCUUCCUUGAUGGUUUCGAAGUUUCAUAAUGAGUAUAGUAGCAGCGGAAUUUCGUGUUGGCCAUCUAAUUCAGGCGAGUCUUUGGCAUAUCCUCCUCCAGGUCACCUUGAGUCCACCAUGUGGGUAGCGCCGGGAGAUUUAAACGGUUUAAAGGGACAGCUCGUGAAGCUGCUAGAGCUCUCAGGUGGAUGCAUUCCUCUCAUGCGUAUUCCUUCUGAAUACCAAAGGAAUUUCAGUAAACCGCUUUUUGUAUCGGACUAUGGGGUGCACAAGCUUGUGGAUCUGUUCAAAAAGAUGAGUGAUGUGAUUGCAGUGGAUGGUAAAGGCAACAAGAGAAUUGUUUACCUUCGCAACUCGAAACCGAACAUCAUCUCUCCUUCACCCCCUGUGGUUCUACUGAGAAGAGAGAAGAAAGGAAAAGAGCCUAACGGGAAAACUACCAAUGGAGGAAUCUCCUCUGAUGAAUUCUCCGACACGGGCUCAGUUCAGAGCGAGAGGAACCUGGAAGAGUUCAAAUUCGAGCUACAAGACAUUUUGGUGAGCUAUUGUUGUCAGGUACAGAUGGAUUGUUUCGAGGCGAUAUACAAGCUAAGGUACAAGAGGCCAUUGCCCUACAAAAAGAUGGGCGUGAAUCACUUGGAACAGCUCUUUGACAAGUUCAGGGAUGUUGUUGCCAUAUAUGAAGAUCCAGCUACAGGGAGGAAACUCAUCAGCCCGGUUUAGGGGAGCCUAACUCAGAGUCAUAUAAGAUCAGACUUCAGACGGUGCGUUUGUGAGCCGUUUCUAUGCGUUCUCUAUCACUCACUGGGGACAAGCAAUGUAAGCUCCUUGCCUGAGAUGCUCUCAGUAUUAAUGUAUAUGCUCUCUACUCUUUACUUAGAACAAACUGUUUACACGGAAGCUUUGAUUCUGCAUUGCAAGCAUUUCACUUCUGUUACUUUCGAGAAAUUGGAAAGAAAGAAUUUAGCAUGCGGAGCGUUUCGAGCCUUUUACUGUGUUGUUCUCUAGUUGGGAAUAAGCCAGUAGUAUUAUUGUAAUAUUUGGCUGGUACACCACAAUCUCAUUCCUUUCUUUGUUUAAACAUUUAGAACGUUUUUAAGAGCUCUAUGUAAACUCAGUCCCUUCCUUUGUACUUCUAAUUCACGAAUACAUUUGAGUAAUAAACUCAUUAAGUUUUC